AAUAACUAAUAGUAAAUUUAAAAUUUUGAUUAAAUACUAAAGUAUUAGUAAUAAUUAAAACUUAUGUAAGAAAAAAUGUCUGGUAUAUUAAAAACAUUAUUCGAUAGUGCAUCUUUAUGGAUCUAUCUCCAAGCAUUUUGGUAUAUUUUAAUUAGUAUACUCUAUUAUUUUUCAAUUCCAUGGAUUUUAUGGGGCACAUUAAUAAUUGUUAUUUUAUCGUGGGUAUUAAGAAAUCCACCACCUGACAAAAAAAUAAUUAAUAAAGUAUUGGGUGUGGACCCUAGUAAUUUAAAAACAACGGAUGACAAGUUGACGUUGCUGUCAGAUAAUCAUCAUCAUAAUAAUAAUUCUAUAAAUAAUGGUGAUAAAUUAACAAAUAAUGAAUUUUGCAUGAGAGUAAUUGGCCAUCGAGGUGGAGGAUACGAUUAUCCAGAAAAUAGUUUAUCGGCUUUCAAUAAUUGUAAAGCUAAAGGCUGUAAUACAGUUGAAAUUGACUUAAGGCGUACAAAGGACAACAUUCCUAUCAUAUUUCAUGAUGAAACCAUUGAAAGACUUACCGGCAAAAUUGGUGUUAUUAAAGACAUGACUUGGGAUGAAUUAAAAGACUUAGAUAUUAGUUAUAAUCAUCCACUCAGAGAAACAUUCAAAGGUGGUGAAAGAAUAUUAUCAUUCAACGAAGCAAUAGAACAAUGUUUAAACAACGAUCUUAAUAUUGUUAUUGACGUAAAAGAUUCAAAUUUAGACUUUGUUCAAAUAAUACUGGACGCCUAUAAAAAAUAUCCAAAGCUUUAUGAAAAGGCGUGGAUAACAAGUUGUUUUCCUGUUACUAUUUAUAUGAUAAGAAGACGCGAUCCAAAAAUUGUGACAUGUUUAGCAUUCGAACCAAAAGUAUUUUUGGGACUUGCUGAAGAAAGUUCAAGAGAACAUGGUCUAAUACGCACAAAAAGUUUUGUCAAAAAUUUACUUAUUUUUAUACUCGAUAUUUUACACGAGUGGGCAUUAACGCGUUUUACAUAUUUCAUACUCGGGAUCUCUUGUGUAUUAUUGCACAAAGAUAUAAUUAGUCCGCACAUAAUUGAAGAAUGGAAGAGCCGAGGAGUGAGAGUAAUCGCAUGGCCUAUCAAUUUGCCGUCUGAAAAAAUCCACUAUACAAAGACACUCAAAGUAACUUAUUUAACAGAUACUUUACUAACUGAAAAAAUUACAUAAUAAUUAUUAACAAUUAAUAAUUAUAUAAAGCAGCUCCGUCACUAGCUUUUUUAUUGAUAAGUUUUUAAAACAUAUAUUAAUAUAUAACUGCACAUUUAGUGUUAACAGUAUUAAUUGUACCUUCAGUAGACAAUUUUUAAUUAUUCCAUAAAAAAUAUUU